UGAUGCUUGCAACUCUUGUUAUGACUGCAAGGUCCUGUUUCAAUCACUGGCGUCAGACGGACGCACGACACCAAGUCAAACCUUUUCACCUUCUCCGUAACAACGUAAAUAUUGAUUUUAAAAGCGAGGCAGUGGCGGUCAAUUAUUGGAGUUUUAAUUUGAAAGUUCUUCACGGGACUUAAGAGUAAGCUAUCCCUCGCCUUGUCACUUUGAGGGUCCGACGGAUUUUUUUUCUCGCAUUUACCACGACUGGGAGAUCUAACUUUUCCCUCUAUUAGCCUAUAUUUGGUGGCUCGUAAAAGAGACCCGCCUGUGACCUCCACGUCUUAACCAUUAUUGCUACAUUUACCGGAUCCACAAUUUGAUACAAUUUCAGGUUCUUUACCAACUUCGAUUUUUUUUCCUUUUUCUUUGAAUGCGUUGCAAAUAUGAUGAUGUCACCGACGCCACUUUUUCCUGAAGUUAUGGCGGAGCACAACUUUCCUAACUUCUCUUGAGUGCACUUGACAGAUUGAGUGCACUUGGCUUUACUAAUGGAGCACCUCCAGGGAGCGUGGAAGACCCUGAGCAACGGUUUCGGAAUGAAGGACUCCGCGUUCGAGGGCCCGUGCCUUUCCCCGACGUUGGUCCAGGGCUUUCCUUGUCAGCGUCGCUCCUCAGAUGACAGCAAGAUGCCCGACUCUAAGACAAGCAGCACUAUCCGUGUCUACCUCCCAAACCAGCAGCGCACUGUGGUAAACGUGCGACCAGGAAUGACCCUGCACAGUUGCCUGAUUAAAGCAUUAAAGGUGCGAGGUCUGCAGCCUCAGUGCUGCGCUGUUUUUAGGCUGCAUCCAGGACAGAGGAGUAAAAAAUUACGGAUGGAUUGGAACACUGACUGUACCUCCCUGAUUGGAGAAGAGCUACUGGUGGAGGUUUUAGAUCAUGUUCCCUUGACAACGCAUAAUUUUGUCCGGAAAACAUAUCUGAAACUAGCGUUCUGUGACAUUUGCCAGAAGUUUCUUUUGAAUGGUUUCCGUUGCCAAACGUGUGGCUACAAAUUCCAUGAGCAUUGUAGCACCAAAGUGCCCACGAUGUGUGUGGACUGGAGCAAUAUCAGACAACUCCUGUUGUGUCCAACACCUGGUGAGAGCGGUGCCCCUUCACUUCCCCCGCUGACGUCCCGGCGAAUGAGAGAAUCCUUAUCACGGUUUCCAAGCUCAGCCCACCGAUAUUCCACCCCCCAUGCCUUCAACUACACCACGCCUUACACACCCACAGGUGGCUGGCUCUCCCAGAGACAGCGCUCCACUUCCACGCCCAACGUCCACAUGGUUAGCACUACCAUGCCUGUAGACAGCAGCAUGAUUGAGCUAGACUGCCUGAAUACCUCCCCCAGCUCCUGGUGCCAUAGAUUCUGGCUGAAGAGGAAAGUAGGUAUUGUGCACUUCUCCCAGUCUUUUGUUGAGGCCUCAUCUGAGAGUCCAGAAAAGGAUGCAAUGCGUGAUCAUGACUCGGCGGGGAGUUCCCCCAGCCAGAGCCCUACAGGCUGGUCCCAGCCCCAGUCCAAAGCCCCUGCACCUGCCCAGCGAGAGAGGGCCCCGUCCUUCAACACUCAGGAGAAAAAUAAAAUUAGGCCUCGGGACAAGCGGGACUCCAGUUACUACUGGGAGAUUGAGGCCAGUGAGGUCUAUCUGAACUCCCGCAUCGGUUCAGGCUCAUUUGGAACUGUGUACAAAGGGAAAUGGCAUGGUGAUGUAGCAGUGAAGAUUUUGAAGGUGACUGACCCCACACCAGAGCAGUUUCAGGCAUUUAGAAAUGAAGUGGCAGUCUUGAGGAAAACACGACAUGUCAACAUCCUGUUGUUCAUGGGCUACAUGACGAAGGACAACCUGGCCAUUGUGACCCAGUGGUGUGAGGGCAGCAGCCUCUACAAACACAUUCACGUCCUGGAGACAAACUUCAAGAUAAUCCAGCUCAUAGACAUCGCCAGGCAGACGGCUCAGGGCAUGGACUAUCUGCAUGCAAAGAACAUCAUUCAUCGUGACAUGAAGUCCAACAACAUCUUCUUGCAUGAAGGGCUAACGGUGAAAAUUGGAGACUUUGGUCUGGCGACAGUGAAGGCCAGAUGGAGCGGCUCUCAUCAGGUGGAGCAGCCCUCUGGAUCCAUUCUCUGGAUGGCUCCUGAAGUUAUCCGGAUGCAGGAUAACAACCCCUACAGCUUCCAGUCUGAUGUCUAUUCCUAUGGAAUUGUUCUCUUUGAGCUAAUGACGGGAGAGCUCCCAUACUCCCUGAUAGCAACUAGAGAUCAGAUUAUCUUCAUGGUGGGAAGAGGCUAUUUGUCUCCAGACCUCAGUAAGCUCUACAAGAACUGCCCUAAAGCCAUGAAAAGGUUGGUGGCCGACUGCAUCAAGAAGUCCAAGGACGAGAGGCCGCUCUUCCCGCAGAUCUUGUCCUCCAUUGAGCUUCUCCAGCAUGCCCUACCUAAGAUAAACCGCAGUGCCUCAGAACCGUCCCUGCACAGAGCCUCUCACACUGAGGAUAUCAAUGCCUGUACUCUGACCUCCACCAGACUGCCUGUUUUCUAGAGGCUCAGACAGCACCGCCCCUUACACCUCCUCCUUCUCUUUCGAAAUAUCCCAAACAGUCCAAAUGCUCAGUACACCCAAAAUUCUCCACAUACAGAUGCAAAUGGAGACCUAAAGAUAUACUGUACAUGCAAUCAUACAUAAACCCAUGCUAAUCAAUAGAAUAUGUAAGGAAGAGAGGAGAGAGGGAAGUGCAUCUGAGAUUUACUACGGAGGAGAGUGAAUGAUGAUGGAUUCCAGUGGGAUGUACACAUUAAGAGGCUGGCAUAAGAUACAUCGAGUUGGUGCCUUGUUUAUCAUCACUGCACAUAUUAGGAAGUAUGCAGAGGCUCCACGGUGGCAAUGCAUUCGGUAAAGUUUGUAAAUACAUGCACGCACACCUACCUAAGACAACGAUAAAUGGACACUGAAGGAAGCUCAAGAGAGACAGAUGUGUCUCUCUUGAUUUGGGUUGUGAUGUGAAGCACACCCUUCUAUCUGACAGCCCCGGUUUCUGAUGAAGAGGACCUUUCAAGCUUACAUGCCUUAAGAGGAAACAAAGCCUGGACUAAGAUCCUGCACAAUUCACCUCUUGUUAUCACAAACAAAGCCGUUGGAUGUAGUCUAUUUAGUUGCACAGUAGUAGUUGAUUUUGCAUUGUCAUAAAUGAUAAUUGCGUAGAUAUGGGAAAUUGUUUUUUUUUUUUUUUUUUUUUUUUUGUUCUUUUAAUUGUUUAUAUUUUGGGGUCAUUUUGGAGGACUUGUAGCCUGUCAGACAGCGAGCAUGAGUGAUGACGGAAAAAUUCAAUUUGCACAUUUAGCAAAAGCAAUGGUUAUGUUUCAACAGUCUACACAUUUGCUUAAAAGCUCUGAGUAAACACACAUUCUUAUCAGUCCUCACCAUGGGUAGGCUAUCAUGAGCUGGACAUUUGGCGGUUGUCUUAAAUGUUUAAAAUGAUUUGGAAACUAAUUUGUAUUUUUUGUCUUUUGAUGUCUCUUUCAGGAGGUUAAAUGUUUUUGUGUACGUGGUGAGAAAGUUGUCUAUUCAAUAUUUUAAUAAAAUUAAGUUAAAUUAC